AGCUAUAGUGAAGUCAAAUCAGGCUCCAAACUUAAUUUGUUAUUCUGGGUCACUCUUGAGUUUCUGGAAUCAGCAAAGUUUAUGGACUGUGCUUUUCUUCCUUGAUUUCGUCUCUAGUUUGGGGAAUGGAUCCUGCUGCUAGGGAAUCGAUCGUUUGAAGAAAAACAGAGAAGCCUCGGCAAAUUUUCAUAGAACAAGGUUCAAGCCAUAGAGUUUAAAGAGGCAUGAGUCAACAGAAAAUCAAGCGUCAUGUGGGUAAAUAUGAGGUGGGAAGGACUAUUGGGGAGGGGACAUUUGCUAAAGUGAAGUUUGCAAGAAAUUCUGAGACGGGAGAGCCUGUGGCACUUAAGAUCCUUGAUAAAGACAAGGUUCUCAAGCACAAGAUGGCUGAACAGAUCAAGCGUGAAAUAGCAACAAUGAAGUUGAUAAGACACCCGAAUGUUGUCCGUUUAUAUGAGGUAAUAGGAAGCAAGACAAAGAUAUUUAUUGUUUUGGAAUUUGUCACCGGGGGAGAGCUCUUUGACAAAAUUGUAAACCAUGGAAGGAUGAGAGAAGAUGAGGCACGGAGUUUCUUCCAGCAACUCAUUAAUGCUGUUGAUUAUUGCCAUAGCAGGGGUGUUUACCAUAGGGACCUUAAGCCUGAAAAUUUGCUGUUGGAUGCUUAUGAUAACCUCAAAGUUUCUGACUUUGGAUUGAGUGCACUAUCCCAGCAAGUCAGGGAAGAUGGCCUCCUUCACACGACCUGUGGGACGCCAAAUUAUGCUGCUCCUGAGGUCCUUAAUGAUAGAGGUUAUGAUGGGGCGACCGCAGACCUCUGGUCGUGUGGCGUGAUACUCUUUGUGUUGCUUGCAGGUUACUUGCCUUUUGAUGAUUCUAAUCUUAUGAACUUGUAUAAGAAGAUUUCAGUGGCUGAAUUUACUUGCCCCCCUUGGCUAUCUUUUAGUGCGAUGAAAUUGAUAACUCGAAUCCUCGAUCCUAACCCGAUGACCCGCAUCACCAUUCCUGAAAUUUUGCAAGAUGAAUGGUUUAAGAAAGACUACAAACCUCCCGUGUUCGAGGAGAAAGACGAUACGAACUUAGAUGAUGUAGAAGCUGUAUUUAAGGAUUCUGAAGAGCACCAUGUUACAGAAAAAAGAGAAGAACAACCGACAACUAUGAAUGCUUUCGAGUUAAUUUCCAUGUCGAAAGGGUUGAACCUUGGCAAUCUGUUUGAUGCAGAGCAGGGAUUUAAGAGAGAAACAAGGUUUACAUCAAAAUGUCCUGCCAAUGAGAUUAUUCACAAGAUCGAGGAAGCAGCAAAGCCUCUGGGGUUUGAUGUACACAAGAAAAACUACAAGAUGAGACUUGAGAAUUUGAAGGCCGGGAGGAAAGGAAACCUGAACGUAGCCACAGAGAUAUUUCAAGUGGCACCUUCUUUACAUAUGGUGGAGGUGCGAAAAGCUAAGGGUGAUACCUUGGAAUUCCAUAAGUUCUAUAAAAAUCUUUCGAGCUCGUUGGAUGAUGUUGUUUGGAAGAGUGAGGAGGACAUGAAAGAAGUGAAGUAAAACCAAUGUUACCUCCAUUGUUAUCUAAUCAUUCCUUUUGUUUCCCUGAUGGUUAAGUUUCUUAUCUGUAUGGCCUGUAUGAUUUAAGCAGACAUGCUUCUUCCCAUUGUUUUCCAUGUUAUUAGUGUUGGAAAACAUGGAUGAUUCCCAUGGGGCCUGCUUUACCCUUCUAUGCUAUGAUAUCAAUAUUUGGAAGAAAAAAAAAA